CUGUCCCGACAGUCUGGACAACAGAGUCUAAAUUAGCCAUGCUGGUUUGUUUUUGUGUUGUGGCAAGGUGACUUUUUAUUUCAUUCCUUUGACAGUUGAUGAAAUUCCAGAAUGUCGAAAAUAUUUAAUGGUGCCCAGCUUGCACAGAGCUUUACCAAGAAAGUUAAGAUUCCUGACAAACUGAAAGGCGGAAGAAUGGAGAAAAUUGGGAAUUAUUUUCACAAUAUUUAUACCGAUUACAAAAUGGUGUUUAUCGAACUUGGCGAAGAUAUGAAAGCCAAGCCACUGAAAUCCAGCAUUUACUGCUCCAUAUUAGCAGCUUCCGCAGUUCUUUUCAAGACGAACCCUUCAGAAAAUAGUUUUAGGACACUUAUGGUAGAAAGUGCCAAUGACUUAGCAUUAGUUGGGGACCCAAUUCGAAACACCUCGUCGGACAAUUACAUGCAAAAUUUAAUAAACAAUCACAAAGAUGGUCGAGUGCAUUACGUCAGCCUUGGUUUAUUUUCGUUAAUUUAUUUGACAGAUUAUAGAAAUAGUUUAGGAUUAUAUGCCGCAAAGUGUAAAUAUGUUAAACCUAGGUGGUCACAGUUUCAUAAAAGUAUUUUAGAUGUUGGUGUUUUCGGACGAUGGAUUUACACAGAGGAAGCAAUGAAGGAUUAUGACGUAAAUCCUGAGGAAUGGGUUGAAUGAAUGGAUGUACAAAUAACGCUAUAGUAUAUCGAAACAAAGAAAAAGAGAUUCUUAAACAAUAACAUGUGUAGGCUACUGUACACGUCAACUAACAGCGUGGUUGAGAUCUGUUUCAUAUUGAAGGAUAUGGACAAAUAACGCUAUAGUAUAUCGAAAAAAAGGGUAAAAAGAGAUUUUUAAACAAUAACAUGUGUAGGCUACUGUACACGUCAACUAACAGCGUGGUUGAGAUCUGUUUCAUAUUGAAGGAUAUGGACAAAUAACGCUAUAGUAUAUCGAAAAAAAGGGUAAAAAGAGAUUUUUAAACAAUAACAUGUGUAGGCUACUGUACACGUCAACUAACAGCGUGGUUGAGAUCUGUUUCAUAUUGAAGGAUAUGGACAAAUUACGCUAUAGUAUAUCGAAAAAAAGGGUAAAAAGAGAUUCUUAAAGUAGUUAAGUCUUGAACCCAAUAUCAUCCCAAAGUCUUUGACAUUGAAAACACAAAUUAUUUGUCAAUUUAAAUCAACAUCUAUGUUGUGAUCUUACAGAAAAGAUGGGCUUCUGAUAUCCAAUAUUAAAGACAAAGUAAACAUUUUACCAUUGAUACACAAAUGCUGUACCAUAAUGUGUUUCAGCGCCAUUUGUAACGAGGGACUCGAAGAACGAAGCUAGACAUAUUCCACAAGUCAUGUCAAGUCAAGUCAUGAUAAUUGAUAUACACUAAAUUGUGUCAUGUGCUUGACUUUCCUUAAAGAGCUAAUGAGUAGAGUGUGAAAGACAAUUUAAAAACUGAUAAAAAGUGUCAUUGCAUUUAAUCAAAUUCAUUUGGGCGAUGUUCUGAAACUUUCACCCCAAAAAUUAUCAGCUGUUUACCAUAAGUAUGCGUUAUAGUUUAGUGAUUGAUAUUGUUUGAGAUUUGACUGAAUACCAGAAUCUGUUGUUGUUCAUAGUGUUUAACGUCCACUUCCACCAAGGGUGAUAUUGCAGACAAGUCAAUUUUUUCAUUUUUAUUAUCUUUCCUAGUGGAGACCCGGAGCAAACCCACAUGGUUGAGAAGGCAUAUCUCCAAGCCUCAUACGCUCACACCAGGGAUCAAAACCAUGACCGCAGGCCAGAGGUGACCUACCAGCUAGAGCUCGAAGCGCAACACUCUAGACCACUAGGCCAUCCCAACCACCCUUACCAGAAUCUGUCCCCCACUCUCACUUAGUGGUGAGUUACAUGCAUUGAAUGAGCAGUGAUUAACAAUUCAAUGGGUUUAUUUCUCAGAAAACAAGAAUGCCUAUGGUUCAAAUCCAGCUCAUGUAGAGAAGAACCACCAAGAUUUUUCAAACUUGAUUCUCACUUGUCAGGGGUGACUCCUAUAUGUAGUCAUUCAGAUGGGACAACAAAUCAAGAUCUACCAAUAUUGCACACAUUGGCUUAAACAUAAAAGUAGAAACAUUGGCAAUUGGAUGGAAUUUAAAGAAGUGUAGGGAGAAAAUACACUGUCCGAGCAUAGUAUCCCCACCUCCUUUUAUUGUACACAUAACCUUGUAAUGAAAAUGGCCAUAUUUUAGACCCAAAAUGAUCAAAAUAUAGUGUUGCCAAGAUAUUUUACGCUGUUCCAUUUUCAUAGUAUUGUUUCUGAAACAUUAAGUUUAUACAGAGAAUGUACAAUUCUUGCAUCAAUUAAAUGAAAAUCACAUAUAAUUUUCAUGCUGUACAUUGUAUGAAAUACAUGUUUAAUAAAACCAUAUCAAAACUUAA